AUGGCUCGUUCCAGACUUAAUCAAGUUGCAGAGCACUUGGGUGCUACAAUAAUCCCAAACUCGGACUCCACAAAUGCAGCGCCUUAUCAAAUUUCUGAAGAGCCGCUCGGCACCACACGACGUCUCAGAAUCUUGGGGAUUGGGGCUGGCAUGAGCAGCAUGAACAUGAUCCGCACACUUAGAUUGCAUCUAAAGGACUACGAACAUGUAGUUUAUGAGAAGAACCCGGUGCUCGGCGGGACCUGGUAUGAGAAUCGAUACCCAGGUUGCAAAUGUGACGUCCCUUCGCAUAACUAUCAAUUUUCUUGGCGACCCAAUCACGAAUGGAAGGGUUUCUUCUCUUCCGCUUCCGAAAUUCAGGCUUACUUGCUUAAAGUGGCCGAAGAAGAGAACAUGAAUCGUGUUAUCAAGACUGAGCAUCAGAUUGAACGCGCAGAAUGGGACGAACACAAAGGGCAAUGGAACGUCAAGGUACGGAACCUAAAAUCAGGGGACGUAUUUGAUGAUUAUGCGCACUUUCUCCUUGAUAGCUGUGGCAUUCUAAACAACUGGAAAUGGCCUACCAUACCCGGAUUACAUAGCUUUAAGGGUGAACUCAUUCACAGCGCAAAUUGGCCUGAAACGUUCAAUUACAAGGGCAAAACAUUAGCAUUAAUCGGAAACGGUUCUUCAGGUGUCCAGAUCUUGCCUGAACUUCAGAAAGAAGCUCAGCAUAUAGUACAUUUUGUACGUGACCCAACGUGGGUUGUACCCUCCCGCCUGCAAUUGCUGGUGCAGGGAUCGGGUGACAACAUCAUAGAGGAGGUGGAAAUAGAUGAAGAUCAAGACUUUACUCCAGCGCAAGUCCAGAGGUUCAAGACAGAUCCGGCUUUUUAUAGGAAGUUUGUAAAGGCAGUUGAAGAAGUCGUUAACGGAAACUUUCCCUUGCAGACACUCAAGGAUACUGAAUUUGCUGCAAUCCUACAGGAAAAAGCUAAGGAAUACAUGCGCGAGGCUCUGAAUGGAGACAAACACCUUUGCGAUGCAAUAAUUCCGAAAUUUCCCCUGGGCUGCCGACGUCUCACACCUGCAAUUAGUUAUCUCGACUCACUCCAGAAGCCUAAUGUGAGAGUCGUAACAGACCCCAUAAAGGAAAUUACGGCUGAAGGUCUUCUGCCAACAAUGGGGGAAACCAUCAAAGUGGACGCCAUAGUGUGUGCCACUGGCUUUGAUGUGUCGUUCUGUCCACGAUUUCCAAUCAUUGGCCGCAACGGAAACCUACAGGACAUAUGGACUCACAAUUUGCCGAAGUCAUACAUGUCUUGUGCAGUUCCCGACUUUCCAAACUAUUUCACUUUCCUUGGCCCCAGCGCUCCGAUCGGACAUGGGAGUGUGUUUACUAUCACAGAGCACAUUGCUAAGUACUUAACACGAAUCAUCAAAAAGUGCCAGAUGGAAAAGAUCAAGGCCGUCGUUCCAAGCCACAGUGCGGUUGAUGAGUUGUUUGAGCACAUGCAAUCAUUUAUGUCGCGAACAGCGUGGAGCGGAAACUGCAUCUCUUGGUUCAAAAAUGGAACUCUUGAUGGGCCUGUUAUUGCUCUUCACCCAGGCAGCCGAAUCCACUUUUUUCACAUGCUCGAAACCUUCCGGGGCGAAGACUGGGAAUACACGUAUCUGAAACCGAAAAAUAGAUUCCAAUAUCUGGGAAAUGGUUUCUCUACGAAGGAGAACAGUGGUGAGGACUCGACCUGGUACUUGGAUCACCCUGAUGAACUUUGA